CGCGCGGCGGGGGGAGGGGGGGAGUAGCGCUCUCUCCCGGUUCCGCCCCACCGACGUGCUCAGCCCGGGCACGAAGGGGAGGGGGGGGGGUGUGCGUGUGUGUGUGAAGAAAUGGCGAGUCUGAUCCCCGCGGCGGCCUCUUCUCCCGCCGGCGCUCCAUCCCGUAGCAAGAAGCGCCCGGCGAGCCCCGGUACCGGCAGCGGCCCCGCCAAGAAAAAGAAAACGACGGCGCCGGGCGGCUCGCAGGGUGCAGGUGGAGAGGCCAUGAAUGAAAACAAAUUUCUGAACACAGACUCCAGCACAGGAUCAGCGGAAACAACCGUCAAGCCGUUACCGUUUAAAGAUCCAAACUUCAUCCACUCCGGCAUUGGUGGAGCAGCAGCUGGCAAGAAGAACAGAACUUGGAAGAACCUAAAACAAAUUCUUGCUUCUGAAAGGGCAUUGCCAUGGCAACUAAAUGAUCCUAGCUAUUUUAGUAUUGAUGCUCCUCCUUCUUUUAAGCCUGCCAAGAAAUAUUCAGACAUUUCAGGACUUCCGGCAAAUUACACAGAUCCUCAGAGCAAGCUAAGAUUUAGUACUAUUGAAGAAUUUGCCUAUAUUCGGAUGCUCCCUUCAGAUGUGGUUACAGGAUACCUAGCUCUAAGGAAAGCAACAAGUAUUGUUUCUUGAAGAGACCAAAUAUUGUUGUACACCGCUUGUGAACAGUGCUAAUUUUGAGAAUCAUGAUGGAAACUGACUGCGGGACUGAGGUUCCUUAAGACUAUCCAUGGGUUUUUACAUCUGGAAGUAGUUGAUGAUACAUGGAUUUGAAGAACAUACGGAUUUAAUUUUGAUAAAUGCUGAUAUUUGUUAGUUUGCCAAUUUGUAAGCAAUUUGAUUUGGUGAACAGAAUAACUUAGACCUUAAGGAUAUGUAUCUGUACCAUAAUGUCUGAGUUAUAUUAAUUUCUCUAGAGACAGGAUUUCAUCUCCACCCUGUAUAUUUUAUGUACUGCUCUGGCUCAGCAGAAACAGUCAUUUGAAUUAAGGAAAAGGUACCAAGAUAUCCCAGCUUCUAAACCUGCCUUGCCAGAUGUGCUUGCCACUUGGCUAUGAAGAAGUUUGUCCCAUCUAUAAAAUGAAGCUAAAAUACCUAGCAAGUGCUGCUGUUGUGAUGACUCUUUAUGGUACUGAGCACUGUGGAAAUGAACAGCUUCACACAAAUAUUUGCAACAGCUUCACACAAAUAUUUGCAACGAAGAACUGUCAGCAUAAAUAAAGUUGGACUCAAACUUG